GCAGAGAGAGAGAGAGAUUAUUGUGGGGUGAAGAAGAAAGAAUAUAUAAAUUGUUUUCUAGGGUUUCGCUUUUUUUUUUGAGAUUUAAAGUGAGAGUUUGAAAAAGAGAUUUCGAUCAGAAUGAGCGGAGACAACGGCGGUGGUGAGAGACGCAAAGGCUCCGUCAAAUGGUUUGACACCCAGAAGGGCUUCGGUUUCAUCACUCCUGACGACGGCGGCGACGAUCUCUUCGUUCAUCAGUCCUCCAUCAGAUCUGAGGGUUUCCGCAGCCUCGCUGCCGAAGAAUCUGUCGAGUUCGAGGUCGAAACCGACAACAAUGGCCGUCCCAAGGCCAUAGAUGUCUCUGGUCCCGACGGCGCUCCCGUCCAAGGCAACAGCGGUGGUGGUUCAUCUGGCGGUCGUGGCGGUUUCGGUGGCGGACGUGGUGGAGGCCGCGGAUCUGGUGCUAGCUACGGCGGUGGUGGUGGUGGUUACGGAGGUGGACGAGGCGGUGGCCGUGGAGGCAGCGACUGCUACAAGUGUGGUGAGCCCGGUCACAUGGCGAGAGACUGUUCUGAAGGCGGCGGAGGCUACGGUGGUGGAGGAGGUUACGGAGGAGGCGGACGUGGAGGAGGCGGAGGCGGUGGAAGCUGCUGCAGCUGUGGCGAGUCGGGACAUUUCGCCAGGGAUUGCACCAGCGGUGGACGUUAAAAGGAUCGCCGGUCCGACGGUAGAGAAGAGUGAAUCGGUCAUCUGACACAUGUUGAUCGGAGGAUCUUAGUCUCGCCGUGUUCUAUCUCUAUCUUAUUAUCCGCUUUUUGCUUAUUAUGUGAUGGGGUCUCUCUCUGUCCUUUUUAGUUUUUAAUCUUCUUAAUCUCUCUGGAUGGUUUCGGAUUAGUAGGACUUAUUUUGGUUAUGCUACUUAAUGGUUUUAUUAUGAUGACGAUGGUACUUGUCACUUGUGAUGGUUGAAAUGCUUGCUACUACUACUUGUGCUCUGUUUCAAGUGUUCAUAUGCAAAACAUUAUUCUGGGUUUUUGUU